ACUGUGAGUCUGUGACCAGUCACCACCUCUGCCCAGCGCUCCACUCACCAGUCACCACAAUGGCGUCUGAAUCCGAGGCCUGCAGCUGGGAGCCGCACCUGCUCCACCCCAACGGCACUGAGCCGCUGCACCGGAUCGCCGUGGACUACUGCCCGGAGGCGUGCCUCCACGAGCGCCACGCGGGGGAGAUCCACGUCACCUACGACGACCGCGGCGGCGCGCGCUGGCGCUCCUGCUGCCGGUUCCUGCCCGGCAGCGCCGUGGCCACCACGAUCCGCGCGCCGGCGGGGGACACGUCGGGACUCAACUACAACAUCUACUUGUCCUCCCUGGAGGGUUCCGCCGACCAGGACGAGAUCGACUUCGAGUUCCUCGGCCACGACAAGCGCGCUGUCCAGACCAACUACUACGUCGGCGGCAACGGCGGGCGGGAGCAGAUCCACGCGCUCCCCUUCGACUCCUCUGACGGCUUCCACCACUACGCCAUCGCCUGGGACGCGGCCGCCAUCGAGUGGCGCGUCGACGGCGAGCUCGUCCGGCGCGACAAGAGGCGCGAGGGGGAGCCGUGGCCGGAGAAGCCCAUGUACCUGUACGCCUCCGUCUGGGACGCCAGCCACAUCGCCGAUGGGGCGUGGACCGGCACGUACCACGGCCGCGACGCGCCCUACGUCUGCAGCUACAAGGACGUCAGGGUGCCCACUGCUGAGCAUUCAGUGGAAGACGCCGCUCAUGCGCCCGCUGGCGAUCCUGUCGCCGCUGACGCUGCCGCGGCGGCGGAAGAAGAGAAGGACGCCGGAGCAGGUGAAGUUUAGAUCUUGGUGGUGCAAUGGAAUGUCUUUUGAGUGUCUCUGCAAUUAAAAAGAUCUAUGAAUAAUGGAUGCGGCCUCAUCGGUGAAAAAAAACAUUUCAGCUGCUGUAUUUAUGUUGUUCGUUGCUCAAUGGUCAAUGUGCUCUGUUUACUGUUUUGCACUUUUGCUUCGGUUCCUGUAUUUUUAUGUUAAGGGGAUACUUGGUAAAGGGCUGAAAUUUAAUCUCUGAGACAUCGAAUGUUUAGAUGUUUAAUUAUAA